GGAUGUGAUUAAAGUGUGAGUGUGUGUUGUAAUAAUUUUUUUCCCCUUAAAUAAAUGGGGCUGCGUAUAAAUAUUGUUGUCUCUUAGCAGUUGUAGUAGACCCACGAAAAAUGGUUAGAGGAAAGAAACCAUGAGAGAGAAAGUGUGUGCGUUUGUGUGUGUGUGAGAGAGAGAAAGUGUGUGUUUGUGUGUGUGAGAGAGAGAGAGAAUAAUUUUCAGAUGAUACUGUAAAUAAGCAUUUUUGUCUCCCCUUCAGCUGCAGUCCAUCUGAGUGAGAAGCCGGUUCAGGCAGGCACCAGUUACAUUUGCCGGUUUUGUUUCUGACACACACACACACACACAAAACAGUUAUAGAUAGACGGGCGGUGGCGAUGGGCGGAGGAGGUGGCGGCGCGUCGUCCAAACUCAAGAAAGCCGCUAGGAAUUUCUUUCUACAGACAUGUGGCUCUCUCUGCGAGACUCAACAACAACAAUCCCCAGUUCUCGAUAACUCCGCUCCCACCCCUGCAUCUAAUAAUUCAGCCAAUUAUUCUUCUCCGUCUGAAAAUCAAAAGAGAAACAUUUAUUCCAAAAAGAUCUCGCCGGAAAUUGCUGGGCAAUGCAGUUCAACCACCACCCCUUCUUCUAACAAGAACUUGUGCACAAUAUGCCUCGAUCCGCUAAACUACAACUCGGGCGGCGAAGCCGUGUUCACCGCCCAAUGCUCCCACUCGUUCCAUUUCGCUUGCAUCUCUUCCAAUGUUCGACACGGCAGCGUCACCUGCCCCAUUUGCCGUGCUCAUUGGACAAAACUGCCCCUCAACCCUCACGCGCGGUGCUCCCUCCACAACAAGAUGGCGGACCCCACUCUGCGAAUCCUCGACGACUCCAUCGCCAAUCUCCGUGUCCACCGCCGCUCCUUUCUCCACUCCGACGACCCGAUCGAGCCCGACCCCACCGCUAGUGACGGCCCCCGCCUCACUCUCUCCCUCGCGUACCCUAACUUCAACUCUUGGCCACAUCAUCAAGCUUCUAGUUCAUAUUCAACAAUGGAAGAAGGAUCGCCGAAUAACCAAGCUUGUCUUCAUGUGAGAUUAACGCACGGGCCCGCGAUAGACUUGGUCCUAGUCGCGAGCUCGAACGGGCCCCACUUGAGGCUCGUGAAGCAAGCAAUGGCUAUAGUGGUCUUCUCGCUCAAGCCCGUUGACCGCUUAGCCAUCGUGACCUACUCGUCGACAUCGGCCGUGCGAGUCUUCCCCCUUAGGCGGAUGACUUCGUACGGUAAAAGAACCGCGCUGCAACUGAUCGACCGCGUCAUCUACAUUGGGCAAGCCGAUCCAAUCGAAGGUCUAAAAAAGGGAGUGAAGAUACUCGAGGAACGGGCCCACACAAACCCACGGUCGUCCAUCCUGCAUCUAACGGACGCUCCGUCGAGAUCUCACCGUUGGUUCGACUCGGAAGCUCCGGUCACAAUCCAACGGUUCCAUCUAGGAUUGGGAUUCGUCGUGCACGAAUUCGAGGAGUUUCUUUCGAGAGUGCUAGGCGGAGGAGUGGAAGAUGUUCAACUUAUUAUCGGAGAAGGCACGAUGAUUGUGAGGAUCGGAGAACUGAGAGGCGGCGAGGAGAGGAAUAUUCCGUUAUGUAUUGGUCAACGGGGAUGCGUAUACGUAAAAUAUAGCUAUAGAGAUAGUGGAGAUGGUGAGUGCAUUACAACAGGUGAAGUAGUUCUGAGGAUGGAGGAAAAAGAUGACAGUGAAGAUAUUGUUGUCCCUAUGGAGACAAGAAUUAGCAAUGCUGGAAAUUUGGAGUACCAUGAUCCCUUCUUGGCUAGAAGAUGGGCUAAGCAUUUGCAUGGCUAUAGACUAUAGGCUAUAUAUAUAUAUAUAUAUAUAUAUAUAUAUAUAUAUAUAUAUAUAUAUAUAUAUAUAUAUAUAUAUAGCGAAUGCAUGUAUUGUAAAUGACCGUUAUAAAUUUCAAGUUUCGCAAAUCUUCGUA